UGAUGAUGACAUGGAUGUCAAAUGUGUCUUCUCUCUGGUGCUUGGUCCUGCUGCUAACAUGCUACUGUAAAGGCUUUAACUUGAAUUAUGGCUUUGAAUCAUCUGCGACCUUUUCUGUGUCAGUCGCUGGUACGACAUGUCAGGACUCACCUCGCGGUCGCCUCCAACGUUAGAGCGCCUCUGUGCCCCAGCAUCGCCCACCAUCACCCCGCCGCAUGCAUCAGGCUCUAUGCCACCAAGAAAUCAAAAGCCAAGGCAAAGGGCCAGUCAGCUAAGGUGAAUAUUAAUUCAGCUCUGGUGGAAGACAUCAUCAGUCUGGAAGAAGUGAAGGAAGACAUGACCGCAGUUCUCAGCGCGCUCAAAGAUGAGUUUACACGCAACCUCAGCAUCCGGACCUCGCCAGGAGCUCUGGAUCACAUCGUGGUGACGACUGAAGAUGGGAAGUUUCCUCUCAACCAGCUGGGUCAGAUCUCCAUGAAGUCACCUCAGCUCAUUAUGGUCAACAUGAGCGGCUUCCCUGAAGCUACAGCGGCGGCCACCCGAGCCCUGAAAGAGUGCAGCAUGAACCUAAACCCAGAGGCGGACGGGACGAUCAUCAAGGUGCCCGUUCCCAAAGUGACGCGGGAGCACAGAGAGAACCUCGCCAAGCUGGCCAAACAGCUCAGCAACAAGGCUAAGGACUCGCUGAGGAAAGUGCGCGCUAAUGCUGUCACACAGGCCAAAAGGGCAAAGGAAGGACACUCGGAGGACACAGUACGACUCGUAGAAAAACAGAUACAGCAGAUGUCGGACGACAUGGCAGUGGACAUCGACAAACAGCUUGCAGCCAAGACCAAGGAGCUGUUAGGCUGACGAUUCAGCUGCUGAAAACAGUCCCUGAUAGAAAGCAUUGUUUCUGACAGGGAGCUUCAUCCUAAACAUCACCUGACGUACAGACUUCAGCCUCAGCAGCGUGUAAGCAGCAAAUCUGUAAGUAACAUAAGUUUAGACUGAAAAAGAAAAGCGUCUCUCCUUCUAACCCUGGUGUUCUGGCAGUUUUUCAAUGUCCUAAUGUUCUUUAAUUGCCGUUACUGCACAGGUGGAGCAGAGUGAAUGACGCAGACCAAAAACAGAACUCCCAGUCUGUAUACUUGCCGUUUAGUGGAUGGUUUAUUUGAUUAUAUGCAAAAAAAAA